AUGGACGAGGAGAUGCAACAGCUGUGGAGAAUUUUUACACUUUUGGAGGAGGAGAAUCUUGGAGUUAAUCUUCUAGAUCAGGGAUAUGGUGAUCUUGGGGAGAAAGGCAAAUUAUGUGUAUUUGGUAAAGUUAUGUCCUUCAAUAACAUGCUGGACAAGAAUAGAAUUCUUGAAGGUAUGCCAUGGUCAUUUGAUAACCAAUUAGUUAUUUUGAAGGGAUAUGAUAGUACGAUUCAGGGAUAUGAUGGUACGAUUCAGGGAAAGAGAAUGUUCGUUAAGAUUGGAUUCAACAAUCUCAGUUAUGAAAGGGUCGAUGUAGUUUGGGGCAUGGUUGAAGGCUCCAUUAGGUAG